CAAAAUUUCGUACCGGGUUUUUUGCCGCGUUAAGUUGUCACUUGACCUAACCUUACUUAAAAAAAAAUGCGUUAACACAUUUAACGUGUUUUAUGUGAUAUUUUGUGGAAAAUCAUUAAAUAAUACUGCAAGUCGUUCGUUAUGGCCCCCAUUCUUAAUUUGAAAUUGACCACAAGUCACAAAUUUUGCCCCGACAGCCCCCUUCUGAAUGCCCUAAAAUCAUGCAAUGACGAUUCCCUCUAUAAAAAACUGAUCGACGAAAUCCUUGACACCUACCACCAUCAUCAGGACUUUGGCGCCCGAAACGUCAUAAUCGAAGCGUUAAUUAACACAAACGGGCGCAAAAAUUUGCUCAAAUACAUGUACAAGCAGUUAAAUGUGCGCCAAAUUGGCCAAAGUAGUUUUUUCGAACACAUUGCAUCAAGUGUGAUGAAUGAAUGUAGAGAAAAUUUCGAUAAUUUUGUUUUCAGUUUAACGUUGUGCGAGAAAGUCGUGCAGUUUUUUGCGUGUUUUAUUCAAAAUUUUCCCGAUGAUUUUCUAGAAAAGACGUUUUUGUUUUAUUUCUACAGUCUGGAGGCGCUUCAAUCCCAUGGUAACGAUUGUUACGUGAGUAUGGUUUUGAAACAGUUGGCUGUGACGUUACCACAUGCCAAUAUGAAACAAUUGAGUAACUAUGCCCUUGAAAUGGUUGUUAUGACUUUUGAGAUUUUGCAAAAUUGCGAAUUUAAAUUUGAGACGAUUUUGGACAGUUUCGUGGUUUUUUCGUACUUCUCAACCCUUUUGCCUGCAAAAGAAACAAUUUUUUUGAAACACCGAAAUUACCCCAUUUUGGAGUUUAUAGAUAACGAAAAAAAUGAUUUUUGUUUGAUUCUCCAAAGUAAAAAUUUUCCGAAUUUAUUCAAAACUGGUCGUUUGAAAGCAAUUCUUUACUUGACUAUUUCAAACACUGUACCACGUGACGUCCUUUUGAACGUAAAAGUGGCCAAAAAACCGCUUUACGAAUCACUUUAUACAAACUUAAUUGAUUUAGGGAUGAGUUUGACAAACUUCCCCGACCCAAUUGUCCCCAUAACACGAACUUUGGACUCACUUUCGGUCUUAAUUACACGUUCGUCGAACUUUUCGGAACUUUUUAUCAAAAGUUUCGACUUUAUUUGGACACAUUUGGACCACUUCGUCGAUCAGGUGACCCAAAACACGAAAUCACUCUUUGAAAAAUUGACAAUUGAAGCACAAAAACGUGGCGAAAAGUUGGCGUUGGAAAAACUCAUCGCCGACUUGGAUUCGUUACCGACUUUCGGUAAAGUACGACUUGUUGCGUAUCACGUGACCAGUCACGUAAUCGAUUCGUAUUUGUAUGAUUCGAAUUUUCGCAACAAACUUUUAAUGGUUGCCGCGGCAACAUCGGAUCAGAUUGCAAGUUUAGCCUAUUCCAAUCUAAUGCUACAGGAGAGUUGUGACGAAAAAAUAGUGCAGGUUUGGUUAAAACCAGUUUUGGGUGUUUUACGAAUGAAACAAACGAACGUUUUGGAAGAUAUUGUUACGUUGGCUGUGCGUAAAAAACCAACAAUUUUCCCGAUUUUGUUUCCAAAUCUAGUGACAACGACGGUUGAGUGUUCAAUUGUUUUAAAGUGUGUUCGGUUGGCACGUUUGAACGGUGAUAAAUUCGUAUCAGACGUUGACAGUGUUGACACCUGGCGUGGGUUAAUCCCCGAAAAACAAAUGGAAUUGUUUAUGUGUCACCAUGACGACGAGAUUCGCAUCAGAGUGUUGCAAGCCGUAGCCGAGUGUCAGAAAAGUACUGAAAUUUUUACCGAAUUCGAAUUGACGUUUCUGAUUCGGUACUUUCGGUACAACGUUUCAGUCACAAGUGCCAACAUCAGGAAUCGGUUCGUGACGUAUUUUAAGAAGAUUUUGCGCCGAUUUGACGUCACUUGGACCAAAAGUCCGAAUUCGGAAUAUGAUAAUUUUCUACGUCACCUAUUGGAGAUUUUAAUAAUUAAUUUAUCGCCCGAUUCGAAUUUUUCCCGCCGUUGUAUUUCUAUGCAAUUGCUACUUUUAAUUCGUAAUUUUUACGAUUGGAGAAAUUUGUUUCAGGCCGAUGAUAUUCGGAAUUUAAAAUACCUAAUUCUUGACGGUUAUGAAUCGAAUAAAAGUUUAGCCGUUGAAAUUUUGAAGUCAUUUCCGGUCGAAAAAUUCGACCUUUCGGACAAUUUCGCCGAAAAGUUGGUAACCAUGCUUACGGAUAUUCGUCCGAAUCAAAGCCUUUCGGCUUGUUACUACUUCAUGUUGGUACAAGCGGAAAUCAAUGUCAUUGCACCUUUAUUUGACAGUGAUACCAACUUAAAUGCCGAAACCCCGAUUUAUGGAAUUUUCCAACUUAUUCGCUACAAUCCGGACGCUUUCACCUACACAUUCAAACAGUACUGCCAACUGUGCUUAAAAUACGCCACUGCAGUGUUACCAAUUGUCGCCAACUUGGCACCGGAAGGUUACCUUCCUGAAGAAACCGACAUUACCGACUCGGAUCAAUCGUCAAAAUCGCAAAAAAUUCUUGUCAAUUCGUGGAAAACUAUGAAAGAAAUCAUGCUGUUGAUGGCAGAUCUUGUCAAAAAAAACAUACAAAAUGAGGAGGAAAAUUCGGAAUUUUUUCUACGAAAAAUCGGCGAUUUUUUCUUAGAUAUUUUCAUUCAAGCCAAACAUCGAGGCGUUUUCGAGCAAGCUCAUGUCGCUUUCAACAGCAUUUGUCAAAGUUUUCUGACUUCAAAAAACCGCAAUUUGAACGAAUUGCCAUCAAGGUGGCUUACCGAGUCCGUUUCUCUUUGCACUGGUGAAACAAUCGACGAUCGUUUAUCACCGACACGUCGCAGUGCCGGUCUUCCUUUUCUAAUUCUGAGUCUCCUUCCGAACCUUGCCGAAUCAAACAUCGAGUUUCUCCGAAGCACUCUCGAUUCGCUUUUAACAAUAUCGGGUGAUUCCCCUAUCCAUUGUCUCAAUGUUUUACGUUUCGUAUUCAAAGAUGCGAAAUUGGGUGAAAAUAUCGUCACAUAUGUGGAUCGUGGUGCAAUUUUGGCGUUAAAAAAUUACAAAAGCCGUACAUGGGGAGUACGAAAUUCUGCCACGCUUUUGUGGUCGGCGCUAGUGAGGCGUAUCUUUGGUGUGAAGGAAACUAAGAUGGCUUUGAACGUGUUUUAUGCCCGUUAUCCGCAAUUGUUUGAGUUUUUAUUGCACGAGCUACAACACGAGUGCCAUAAAAGUGAAAGUCUAGUUUUGGAACCAAUUUUAAUGGUUUUAACCCAACUUUCACCGGGUUGUAAUGAGACGAUUAAUACACAAGUGUUGAAAUAUUUGUGUUAUAUUGAUGUGUGUAUGAAAAGUUCGUGUUUACGCACGAGGGACUUGGCCGCGAGGGCCUCAAUUGCACUGAUUGGUGAACAUUCGUUUCAAAUGUGUUUGGAUGAAAGCUUUGGACGAAUUUCGGGGAAUUUGACGAUGAAUGAACGUCACGGAUUGUUAUUACAAAUUUUACAUAUUGUACAAAGCAAAGAUUUCGAUAAAUUACCAAUAACAACGUAUCUUGAGCAAAGUUUGGGUUUAUUGACACGAGGCGAAAGCCGAGUGCAUCACCCCUUAUGUAUGACAUUGUACAUGGAUAUUGUUUUUAUGCUACUAUCAAGAAGUCGUGAUUACAAAAAUUUGGAUUUAUUAAAAAAAAUCGUAGAGUUGUUAUCAGAGAUGCGUACAGAGGGCGCACAUGCCGAAUGGAGCCGUUUUCAAUUGUUACUUUUCAUCGUUUUAAAUAAAUUCAAACGUUGUGAUAACACAUAUCACGUGAUCGCCGCCAUGUUUGUCAAAUAUUUGACAGAAAACACGCCAAUACGUCAAAAGUGUCUCCAUUUAUUGAUUUAUCUGAAUCAAGAAGUGAGCUGUGACCGGUUUAAAAUACACCCCUUAAUAGUGGCCGGUAAUGUAGAAAUCUGUACUCAAAUCAAACUUUUGGUACAUUCGUUUGAUUCACACACGAAAAAACAAUUGCUAGCUAGUCUACAUUCACCCUUGUUGCGUUUUUUCGCCACUGAACUACAAACGAAACGCAACGAUUUGGUUUUGGUAUUAGUUUUAUUGGACUUUUAUCCGUGUUUUUUUGAGACGGACCGCAGACUGGACACGUUAAUUGCCAUGGCAACGAAUGACGAAGUCACAUCUGGUGUUAUAUCCGUUGUGAAAACAAUAUUAAAAAAUUGGCAACUAGAAGUGGGUGGGAGUUUGGUUAAAUUAUUACAGGAGUCCGCAGCCCCGGCAGCCCCCGAGUGGCUUCGCCUGGCUGUGGCCCAGUGUCUCGUUGACAUAUGGAACAACUGUAAAGUGCCCCCUUUGGAAAAAUACAAUUUAGCCAACAUUGUCCUGGUUUUAUUGGAAGAUGAUGAGGCACUUGUUCGCGAAACAACGAGUCAAGUUGGUAAUACAGUUUCCUGUUCGGAGCGUUCACGCGAACUGUUUCUCUCAUCAGUUGUUUGGGAAUUACCGGUCGAUUAUGCCAUAAAUUUUCUCGUUUCGUGGUCGUUGCGCCACCUACCCGAAGUGUCACGUGACGUUUCUGACGUUUAUGAAAGGGGUGAGUUGAACACAUGGGCUGAGAAUAUUCCAGUGGCGUACGCGGCCAGUUGUGUGCUUCAUAGGUUGGUUUGGGAUCAUGAUGGGUCUGUUUUAAUCGAAGAGAGGGCGCUGUUGGUCACACGGGUUGUGCUGAACGCUCUAAUCAAGUUACCAUCGCUUAUGGUGGAUUCAGGGGUGAAGAAAACUGUGAUUUGUGCGUUGAGGCGGAUUUUAGUGUUUAUUGAGGGGUGUACAAGUGAUUUUAAUAGGGAUUUUAAGUUGUUUUUUGGUACGAAAAUAUUGACGUUUUUGCGAAAUCGGGUCAAGAAUGAUGACUAUGCCACUGUUAAGUGUUUUUUUACUUAUUUGUAUAAUCCGGUCCUAGAAUUGCAUUUCAGGUUUCCGUAAUUAAUCAAUAAAAAUUUAAAUUGUGACAUUUUCCCGCCAAAA